UCGCGGGCGGGCAGGAGGCAAAGUUUGUCGGAGAAUCGGGGUGACUUUGCUCGGGGACCCGCAUCUGCGCGAAUGCGCGGUGCCGCGGAGCGCGUCUCGCUGCAGCUCCGAGCUGGGGACCGGCUGUUCCUCGCUCCCGGAACCCCUUCAGGGGUGUGUUCUGGAAAAGUGGUGACAUGAGCUAGCGCUGGAGAGGCAGGAGGGAGCUGCUCGCACCCCUGCAGCACAGGCGGGGAGGGCGCAGACCCCGCGGUGCUGCCCUGCGGCCGCGAUGAGGGAACAGCCCUCUUUCGCCUGGCGCUGAUAUUCGAGGCUGUGGCGGUAGUGGAAUGCGAAAGCCAGGACGGAAUGGAAACAGGGCCAGGAGACCUCAGCAGGAUGCCUGAGGCAAAUUCUCCCAGGCGAACUCCACAGAAUGUUCCCUACCAGGACUUGCCUCACCUGGUCAACGCAGAUGGACAGUACCUCUUUUGUAGGUACUGGAAGCCCAGUGGCACACCCAAGGCCCUCAUCUUUGUGUCCCAUGGCGCUGGGGAGCACUGCGGCCGUUACGAUGAGCUGGCUCAGAUGCUGAAGGGGCUGGACAUGAUGGUAUUCGCCCAUGACCAUGUUGGCCAUGGGCAGAGUGAAGGAGAGAGGAUGGUGGUGUCGGACUUCCAGGUUUUUGUCAGAGAUGUGCUGCAGCACGUAGACACCGUUCAGAAGGACUACCCUGGGGUCCCUGUCUUCCUCCUAGGCCACUCUAUGGGCGGUGCCAUCUCCAUCCUCGCGGCUGCAGAGAGACCAACCCACUUCUCUGGCAUGGUCCUGAUCUCCCCUCUGGUUCUUGCCAGUCCAGAAUCUGCAUCAACUUUCAAGGACAAUUUGACGUACGUGAAGAGCCCUAUUGAAAAGGCAGCUGAAGUGACGACUGCUUGGAUACCGUAUGCCUUCCACCUGUGGGUCCUUGCUGCCAAAGUUCUCAACUUUGUCCUGCCAAACAUGUCCUUGGGGCGCAUUGACUCCAGCGCGCUGUCUCGGAACAAGUCGGAAGUCGACCUAUACGACUCGGACCCACUCAUCUGUCGCGCAGGGGUGAAGGUAUGCUUUGGCAUACAGCUGCUGAACGCUGUCUCGAGAGUGGAGCGCGCAAUGCCCAAGCUGACACUGCCAUUCCUGCUGCUGCAGGGUUCUGCUGACCGGCUGUGCGAUAGCAAAGGUGCCUACCUGCUCAUGGAAUCAUCCCGGAGUCAGGACAAGACACUCAAGAUGUAUGAAGGUGCCUACCACGUUCUCCACAAGGAGCUUCCAGAAGUCACCAACUCUGUCCUCCAUGAAAUAAAUACGUGGGUCUCUCACAGGAUAGCAACGACAGGAGCUGGGUGCCCACCCUGAAUGUACCAGCCAGGCAACCAGCUUGAGGUCUGGGGGAAGCAGGCAGAGGAAGGGCAGUGCUGACUGGCUCGAAAAAAAAAAUAAUCGCAAAUUGGAGGGAACCCUAGUGCAAUUUACUCUGACAAAAAAAGCUAAUUUGUUAUAUAUAAGGCUAUGGCCACUGGCUCUACCACCUGAAAGGGUAGGCACUUUAUGAAAGAGGAGUAUAUUUUCUACACAGAGACUGUGUUGGAAUGUCCUAUGAAUAAACAAUUCAGCCUCUGCCCACCUCUCCCAGCUCCCAUGGGGUCCAGGGACUCUCUUGCAGUCCCAUGUCCCAGCCUGCAAUAAUCAGAGGUCUCUUUCCUCCUCUCCCAAGCCUUCUCUGACGGGCUGUUCUUUGGCAUGUGACGAGGUGGCCUGUGUCCCCAGAGCUAGCUCCUUAGGCUCAUGUGCCCCUCUGAGGCACUUCCUCAAAAUGGGCAGCCACCCUAUGACCUGGUCAGCGACUUCUCAGAUGGAAGUCGGGCUGUGGGGAGGGAGGGUGGCCAUUCUCCCCACACAGCUCUUCCCCCUGCUGGGAGUUGGGUUACCCUCAGCAGGUCUGUGUAUCCAGAGAGGCACCUUUUCUCAGGUCACUAAGUACCCCAAGCUGAGGAGGGUGAUUUUAAAGAUAAGCGUUUAAUAUAUAUGGUAUAUUCUAAAAUAAAGAUUAUAUGGGUGGAUGGGUGAAGCCUGGACAGCUUUAGAAGGACUGGUAUCCCACACAGGGCUGGUUUUCUGAGGGCCAGUCCCCUAACUGAAGACUGCCUGGCUCUUCUUGCAGAGAAAACACAAGGGACAGAGGACUGCGGCCUGGGCUGUCCCUCUGUCCAGAGCCACUGGGAGUUGUUUGCCAGUAGCACAGCUACCUCUGGUGGCAGAGGAGACUCUCAUGAAGCCAUGGUGCUGGCUGCCUGCCCAGGGCAGCAAAGGCACUCAGUGACCAUCUGCAGACAAGGACCACAGCUGUCUGCACCCCAUCACAGGUUGCAGCAGGAUGGCCCAGCCAGGCCUCAUAGAGGCUACCCUGGAACAGUGAAGUGCAAGCCCCUGCCCUCUCAGGUGCCCGCCCAGAGGCCCGCCCCAGGCCUCACUUAGCGCCAGCAAUAACUGGGGCUCACUGCCCUCCUGGAGCACUUUCAUCUUCACAGAGGGGCUUGCUGUUACCUCAGGAGUCUUGUUAGUGCACAUAGGACCCUGGGAAGGGGCACUGCUGCCAGGGAGAGCUGCUUGGCUGCAGAGAGGGGAGAGUGGGCCCUCGAUUCUCCAGGAAGCUGCCAACCACGGCCCUGUGGUCUUGGAAGGGCACCUGUCCACCUAGGUCCCGUCCUUUCCGGAGUUUAUUCUAGGUCCUGGGGAGGGUUCUCUGCCUUCUCCAGUGGCCCUGACCAUGCAUGGCAGUCAAAAGCUGGCCAUACUACAGGCCAUAAGGACACUACGCCCCUCAUCAGGGCCAAGCACUGCAUGCAGGGAAGGCAGGGCCCAGGAGCUGUCCUGAGCCCCCUCUUAGCUCUGCAUCUGUUGAGAAAAUAAAGAUAUGAAAGUGUGCUAAGAGGGUCAGUCAGCACUCCAGGCUGCUCAGGGAGCCUGGUCAGCAGCAGACAGGCAUGGGGUGUUUCUGUUCUCCAUUAAGAAAAUAAAAGGACCCCACUCCAAACUACUGUGCCCCUGGGCCCGGAGCCACCCAGGGCUGCUCCCAGAAGCACAUGCUGACAAUGCCACUUUCCAAACCACAUGCCCCACCUGGGCUGGUAACUUUCAUGCAUGACUUCAUUUACAGAGAUGCGUGUGCAUCUGGUUAAAGAACCCUUAACACUAAAAGGGGGCAAAUGACCAGAAACUGGGACUGUCUUGUGAAACCCGGAAGAGGGGACAGGGACAUGACUGCAUCAUGUCCUGCAUGACAAAGUCGGGACCAGCACAGGACUGUCUGUAGAGAGCUGGGCCAGCCUUGUACAGGCUCUGCCCUUGGCUCUGGAGGAAGCUUGACAGGCUGGGCUUCAUAGUCACCCCACCACCAGAAUGCAGAGGUAUUGGGGUGUGGGAGGAAGCUAAGACGCACAAGGCUUGGCCAGAAGAAGGCAGAAGCCAGCAGGGGGCCAGGAGAGUGCGCCACCCCAGGUGAAGGAGAGGGGAACCAGACCUGAGCACCUUUAAGAACAUAGCACCUUCUCCAACAAGGAUGGACUUAGUGCCUGAAAAGCUUUUUAGGAAAGGGUGCCACCUGCAGGUAGUAGGGUGUCUCAACGACUAAGUCCCAGUUCCACGGUAGAAUGGGGAACCUUCUUUCCUCCACCAUGGCCCCCUCAGCUUCUGGGUGUCCUGGGGACCACCAUGAGAGCAGUCGGGGUGCUCUAAUACCACAGGGCUCUACUCAUAUCCCACCCCCAGGCCACCUCACACUUCCCUCUCUCUCCUGAUUGCUAUUGUAACUUUCUAGGGAUCACAGUGGCUCACUGGUCUGUUGCUGUCACCACGCUCAGUCACUCCCCAUGUGUACUCUUAGUGGGGAACCUGUACCGGCUUAGAACUACUAAAGAAACCGAUGUGCACUACAGCUCACCAUAAUAAACCAUGUGCUUUUGGAGA